AUGAAAUUGGAUGCCGUGUCUCCUCAGCAAGACGGCGCUGUGUCGUUGCUGGAGAGCUGUGAGAAAGACGUUAACCCUAAUUCUGUCUUGGAUAGUGGCACGCAACAGAUUGCAGCGGAGGAAGCUUCUAACCCUAAUACUUUGCAGCAACCGGAGCCUGUGAAAACUGUACCCGAGGUCGAGAACAUUGCGGGGAUCAAGGAAGAAUGUCGGCAGGUGGAUGCCAAAGACGACAUUGCGAAGGUUAAGAAAGUAGUGAGGAAGAAAAUUGUGAAGAAGUUGGUUCCUAAGGGGUCUUUAACAUCGAAGAAAGUGGAUGCCGCGCCUUUGCAAGACGGCAUAGCGUAUUUGGAGAAGAACACAGAGAAGAACCUCAACCUUAAUUCUUCUCUGGAUGGUUCUUCUCAACCAGUGACAAAGGUGGAGGAAGAUAAGAAGCUUGAGUCAGGUAAAUCCGAGGUUAUUAUGAAGAUUAAGGAAGAAUGUGGACUGAUGGAGGAGAAAGACGACAACUUUGAGAGUGGGAAAGAUGGUGAUAGAUUGGAGGCUUCAGAGGUAAAGGAUCCGGCGAUGAUGGGCUUGUCGGAGAGAAUGAAGAAGCGGAAAGCAGAGAUUUUUAUUGGGGGUUUGGAUAGGGAUGCGAAGGAGGAAGAUAUAAGGAGUGUUUUUGGAAAGGUGGGGGAAAUUUUGGAGCUCCGCAUGAUGAUGGAUGGGCAAACGGGGAAGAAUAAGGGUUAUGCUUUUUUGAGGUAUGUGGAACCCAGCCAGGCAAAGAGAGCGGUGGCUGAGUUUUCCAAAGUUGAGUUUAAAAGCAGUUCUGCUGCAACUGUUUCAGGACAAAUGAUCAUUCUACCCAU